CAACAAACAUCAAGCAUUUAUAAUUUAUAUAACACUCACGAGAGCCUCUUUCUUUAUCUACCUCGUCUCCUAAUCACAAACACACACAAAUCUCUGAAGUAAAAUGACGUUCCCUUCUCUUUCUGUCUCAUUUCUCUUCUUUGCCUUCAUAUUCGUUACGCAUGCAUUCGACCUCAGCAUCAUCCAGGUUCUUCUUGUUUUCUACUUUCUGGCUAACAAAGUAACCAGAACCGGUUUUCUCACUUGUAUAUUUGUUUUUUUGAGAAAAUCAUGUAGAUGCAACAGGGAACAUGUCCGUACACGGUGGUUGUCAUGACAAGCUGUCUUUCUCCGGAGUCGACAAGAGAUCAGAUCAGCAUUGUUUUUGGCGAUGCCGACGGUAACAAGGUGUAUGCACCGAAACUAGGGGGUUUGGUAAGAGGACCAGGGGGUUUGGGGAAGUGUUCAACGAACACAUUCCAAGUCAGAGGUCAAUGUUUGAAUGACCCUAUCUGCUCUCUCUAUAUCAACCGGAAUGGACCCGACGGUUGGGUCCCGGAGUCCAUUGAGAUCUACUCAGAAGGUUCAAAGUCCGUUAAAUUCGAUUUCAGCAAGAGCGUCCCUCAACUAAACACUUGGUACGGCCACAACAACUGCAACACCACAGGCAGACCAUCGUCUCCCGAUCUGCCUCCACCACAUUUUCCGCCAGAGUUUCCACCGGAGACACCUACCACCCCACCGCCGCCUCCACCAAGGCCGUCUGCUGCUUCAAGGCUUGGAAAUGGUGAGAGUGUUUUCCUUGCGUUUGCCAUUGCGACUGCGAUUGCCGCAAUGGUGCGUUGGAGUUACUAGCAUGGUACUUGAAGAGCAUGUUGUUGGGUUGUAUGAGGCUUUUUCUUUCCGUCGAAUGUUUUUAUUUGCUUUCGUUUUGCUUCAGCCUUUUCCUUGUUGUAGAAAACAUAAUUACUUAUUAAGUAUGUGCGCAUGAGUUCCUGUUUAGCUAUGAUUAUUAAUCAGUUGGUACCGACAUUUAGUAGUUCAUUUUCAAAAGAGAAUCCAUCACUUGUGCAUAGAAAUAAAGAUU